AUGGGCGAGUGGACCAUAUUGGAGCGCCUGCUGGAGGCUGCAGUACAGCAGCACUCCACCAUGAUAGGAAGGAUUCUGCUGACUGUAGUGGUCAUUUUCCGCAUAUUAAUUGUGGCCAUCGUUGGCGAGACGGUCUACGAAGACGAGCAGACUAUGUUCAUGUGCAACACUCUUCAGCCUGGCUGCAACCAAGCCUGCUACGAUCGAGCUUUCCCAAUCUCCCACAUCCGGUACUGGGUCUUCCAGAUAAUCCUUGUGUGCACACCAAGCCUCUGCUUCAUUACAUACUCUGUCCAUCAGUCUGCAAAGCAGAGGGACCGGAGAUAUUCCUUUCUCUACCCCCUGCUAGAGAAGGAACUGCCACGAGAAAACAGGAGAAUGAAAAAUAUCAAUGGGAUCUUAAUGCAGAACCCAGACCUGUCCUCCAAGGAUGAACCAGACUGCUUGGAAGUAAAAGAGAUCCCGAACACUCCCAAGAAAGCAGCAAAAAGCCCCAAGGUGAAACGUCAAGAGGGCAUUUCCCGCUUCUACAUCAUUCAGGUCUUCUUCAGGAAUGCUUUAGAGAUUGGGUUCCUUGCAGGACAAUACUUCCUUUAUGGCUUUAGUGUGCCACCCAUCUUUGAGUGCGACCGCUACCCUUGCUUAAAGGAGGUGGAGUGCUAUGUAUCUCGGCCAACCGAGAAGACAGUCUUCCUGGUCUUCAUGUUUGCUGUCAGUGGCAUCUGUGUCCUUCUUAACUUAGCCGAGCUAAACCACCUUGGUUGGCGAAAGAUCAAGACGGCCAUGAGGGGAGUACAGGCUCGCAGAAAGUCAGUGUGCGAGGUGCGUAAAAAGGAGCCAUCCACCCUGGCUCAAGUGCCAACGUUGGGGAGGACACAGUCCAGUGAGUCGGCUUAUGUUUGA